AUGUCUUUUCAGAUUAAUUGGGAGGCCAUCGAGAAGCAGUCGUUCUCGUCGUAUACGCGCGAACUGCUGAACGAGGCCCUGAACUCCGGAAAAAGACCCAACAUCCUCUCGUCCGACAUCAAAAUCAUGGACCUUAAUUUUGGGCACAUCUCGCCAGACUUUGAGAUCUUGGAGAUCGGCGAUUUGGGUCCCGACCGGUUUAGGGGCAUCUUCAAGUUCAAGUACGACGGCGACGCGUCUGUGACGGUCAACACAAAGGUCAGUGCGAGCCCUUUGAGAAUAUACAACGACAAUAUUUAUGACGACCUUGUGGAUAAAAACAAAGGUUACAAAAGAGAUUGUCAACAGUUGGCGGAAUUUGUGAAGCCGCAAUUUAACGGAUCGGACUCGGAUUUUGACAUCCCGCUGAACUUGACGCUGGGCAAGUUCAAGCUGAGUUCGAUUAUUAUCAUUGUUUUCAACAAGACCAAGGGAUUGACGUUGGUGUUCAAGAACGAUCCAUUAGAGUCGAUCGAGGUUAGUUCUACUUUCGAUAGAAUCAAGCCGAUUGCCAAGUUUUUGCAAAAGACAAUCGAGACCCAAAUCAGCGAACUGUUCAAAGAGUUCCUGCCCAGCUAUCUGUACAAAUUCAGUCUCAAGUACACAACACAGUCUUUGCUGCAAUUCCACCAGGACCUGUUGAACGAGGAACAGGACAUCGAGGAGAAACGGGUUCUGCUGAAGGACCUGGACCCCGAGUUCCCACUGAGAAUCUCGCCUGGGAGCCUGAUGCGACUCACUAGACUGGCCAGCUCGCGGCAGACGCUGGCUCUGGGAGGUGCGUUGUCGUGUGAUAGAAUGAACGACGACGUGGUCACCAAGAGCUUUGCGAAUGCCAUUCUGGCCUCGAGCGACAAUCUGAGCUGGAAUAGAAUCCAUCUGAGAAACUCCGACGUCCAGAUCGGCUCGAUGGGCAACAAGCUGGAGAUCAUCAAGGAUCUUCAAGCGCGGUCGUUCUUCAAGAACGCACACGACGGCGUCAAACCCAAGAGACGGGUGGUGAAGCUCAAGAAACAGCGUGUGAGUGGUGACACGAGCUCGUUCGCCGAAACGAGUGUCGAGUCUCCGCCGCUUUCUGCCAGUUCUCCACCGUCCACGGGAUCCACCCUGGUCGAGGAGGAAACAGAAACUCCUCCGGAACGUCCUCUUUUCCCGCAGCCCAACUACCUCUCGUCAUUGCAAUUCAAGCUGGCUAAGAAGACCGAGCCCGGCCCCCCAACCGCGUUCAAAGUCCCUGAAAAGCCCACCCACCACAUCGACAAGCUGGAACACCUCAAGAUCCAGUCCCGCCGGCUCAAGCUCGAUAAGCUUCUUGCUGCCCAUCAGCCGUCCUCGCCCUUUUACGACUCGCCGCCUCCAUAUUAUUUGUAA